AUGCGUGACGGCGAUUGCUACGGCUACGGACAUAUCAAUUCGUCCCUACGCACAAAUUUUCCCAACCCCGUCGAUGCAAAUGAUCACUCCGGAUGCGGUGCUCGCCUGGACAUGAAUCGAAGUACGGACGUCGAGGGCAGCACUAAUGGCUCUAGCCACAUCCCAUCGCUUCUCGAGGGCAAGGUGCAGCCGAUGAAGAAGGGCCCUUCUAUUCUGCCGAAUCCGCACGACGAGACCAUUCUGCAAGGCCAUCCUGCUUCGGUGCAUCCCACUCGUCGCACACCGAAUCACCAGGAGAGACCC